CGCCCUUGGUCUGACUACUACCCAUCAGCUUCAGCUCUAGCGAUGAAUGGCCAAGCGGACAUCACGAACGACGUCGAGAGCAUCCGAAAGGAUGCAUUCUCCCCUUCGGUGCAAGCAGGGGACGCAACGGUCGAUGCCUCCGACAAGCGGCUGCACGAACUGGGCUACAAGAGCGAGUUCCGUAGGGACAUGUCUCUCUACGGCGUGCUCGGUAUCUCCUUCUGCGCUAUUGGAAUCCUGACGGGCAUGAGCAGCGCGUUUCAGACGGGGCUGUUCUCGAUAUGCAGUCUGUUUAUGUUCCUCAUCGCCUUGUCGCUCGCGGAGAUCUGCAGUGCAUAUCCAACCAUGGGAGGCUUGUAUUUUUGGACAGGAUGGAUAUACAGCAUAGCGAUGGUCUUCACAGGCACGUCCGGCAACCUCAGCGUCGCGCUCUACCUUGCGAGUUUGGCGGAGGUGGGGCAGGGUCGCACGCUCACGCGAGUCGAGAUCGCUGCGAUUGCCUGGGGCGUGAACAUCGCGUCUGGGAUUAUCAACACCAUUGGCACGCGCGCAAUCGGCGGAAUGAGUACAUUCAACCUGUGGUGGACACUCGGAGGGACGCUCGUGCUCGUGAUCACGCUGUUGGUGAAGGCACCGGUCAAGAACAGCGCCGAUUUCGUUUUCACGGACUAUCAGAACUUCACAGGCUGGAGUAACAAAGGCUUCGUCGUCCUGUUGGGGUUCCUACAAGCCGUCUACACCCUUGAAGGCUGCGAGACUGCCGCACAAGUCGCUGAGGAAGCCCAGAACGCGGCACUGCUUGCCCCAUUAGGCGUCGUCUUUCAAUCGUGGGCUCCUGGCUAUUGGGCUUGCGUACAUGCUCGCGCUCCUCUUCGCCGUGCAUCCAUCGCCUCUGUGCAGGGGACGUCGUUCGCGCUGCCGAUCGCGCAGCUGUACUACGACGCGGUCGGCCGCCGCUUGACGCUCAUGUUUCAUGGCGCUCUCACGAUGAUGUACGCGCUGCGCGGGACCGCGCGAUGCCCGCGAGGUCGAAGUUAUGAGUUGAACCGGUGGCAGAGCCCGUAUUGGGGCGUGUGGGUAUCAGUGUUCAUUGGAUGGUUAUCUCGUGGCGUAUAUUGGUUCAAUGCCAUCCUGUCCUCAGCAGCGAUAGCCUUUACGGUGUUCAUUUGCGUAUUGUUCGUUCUGCCGACAGCAUAUCCCGUGGACUCGCUCAACAUGAACUACGCUGUCUCGUUGUGCUGGCUCGUCUGGGGUCAUAAGCACUUCACGGGACCAGUGAGUACGCUGGCUGAGGAGGUAGAGGAAGGGGAUAGGAAGAUCGAGUAGAGGCGACUUCAAGAGUCGAGGAUUGGAUGCUGAGUACUUACGAUAGUCUUCGUCACCCUGCCAUAUCCGUGCAUUUGGGCCGUAUGUAUAGCUCGGCAGGUAUCACGCUCAAGUCGGCGCGAACAUAAUGAUCAUACUGGUUAGAAUUGUUGACGUGCACAAUCGGUAGCAUUCACCACGCCGGCGCUCUGCCUGAACGUGGAGCGACCCAUGGAUGUAGCUGAGCUGCUGACAUGC